AUGUCGCGGGUCUAUUCGGGCGCCUGCGUUUACGAAUUCUUUAAUGGUGCAAACAAAUACGGACUCGUACAGAAGAACCUGGGCGGCAUGCUGGACACGCUCAAAGACUUUCAGAAUCUGAAGAAGAAUCUAGCGCUGUCACCUCCCCCUGAGACGGUCAAUGACUGGGCCACAGAUGAGUUUACUGCGACUCGGCGGCCCGAAAUGCCCACGCAGAGCCGCAAUUGGCUAGGGGAGGCAGUGUUGCCCGAGUGUCCACUGGACUGGGCCGUGGUUGAGUCACGCCGAAGAUGCUGA